AUGGCCUCAAUCGUCUUGCUCUUGUGCAACAGGCUUGUUGCCAAUGCGGACGAAGUCCCUUUCAACGCAGAGUCGUGGUUGCGGAGGUUUGGCUACCUGUCUCAAGCCAGCAGACAGAUGUCAACCAUGCAGUCCUCUCAAAUCCUGUCCAAUGCCGUCAGUGACAUGCAGCGCUUCUAUGGCCUAGAGGUCACUGGAGAGAUGGACCAAGCCACACUGAAGGCCAUGAGAAGGCCUCGCUGUGGAGUCCCAGACAAAUCUGUUGAGCAGGCUGAGAAUGGUGUGAGGCGGAAACGCUACGCUCUCACUGGCCAGAAGUGGGACAAGAACCUUCUGACUUACAGCAUUAUGAACACCACCCCAAAGGUUGGUGAGGUUCGGACACUGGAGGCCAUCCGCAGAGCUUUCGAGGUGUGGGAACGCGUGACUCCACUGAGCUUUGAAGAGAUCGCUUUCCAAGACAUCCCCAACAGCAGCCAGGACGCGCUAGAUAUCAUGCUGUUGUUUGCAUCUGGUUUCCAUGGAGACAUGUCUCUGUUUGAGGGCGAGGGGGGGUCUCUGGCUCAUGCCUACUACCCAGGGCCCGGGAUGGGUGGAGACACGCACUUUGACGCAGAUGAACCCUGGACCCUUGACAACCACGAUCCAUCAGGUAUUGACCUCUUCCUGGUUGCGGUGCAUGAGCUGGGCCAUGCUCUGGGUCUGGGGCACUCUGAUAACCCCAAUGCCAUCAUGGCUCCCCUUUACCAGUACAUGGACACAAAGAUCUUCUCACUCCCAGAGGAUGAUAGGAAUGGAAUACAGAAGAUAUAUGACCAACCAGAACCGAUACCCGACCCAGACCCCACCGUCCCCUGGCCUGAUCCAGUGCCGGUGACCCCCUACAUCAGGAGGGAUGAGCCUCGUCGCCCCCCAAAGCAGCCAGACCACACUGCCCCCAACAUCUGUGACGGGGACUUUGAUACGGUCACCAUGCUGCGAGGGGAGAUGUUCGUCUUCAAGGGUCGCUGGUUCUGGAGAGUUAGAAGGAACCGUGUCCUGGACAACUACCCAAUGCCCAUCUCGGUCUUCUGGGUUGGACUACCUGAUGAUAUAGACUCUGGUUAUGAACGGCAUGAUGGAAAAUUUGUCUUUUUCAGAGGGGAGAGGUACUGGGUAUUCAGGGAGGCUGACAUGGUGCCUGGUUACCCCCAGCCCCUGGUAGAGUACGGUCAGGGCAUCCCCACAGACAGGAUCGAUACAGCCAUCUGGUGGGAGCCCACCGGCUACACAUACUUCUUCAGAGGAGACAGAUACUGGCUUUUUGAUGAAGAGUCCCGCACCGGUGACAGAGACUACCCGAAACCUGUCUCCAGGUGGGGCAAGGUCCCAUCCUCUCCUAAAGGAGCCUUCCUCAGCGAUGAUGGCGCUUACACAUACUUCUACAAGGGCUCCAAGUACUGGAGGUUUGAUAACCAGAAGAUGAAGGAUGACCCAGACUACCCCAGAUCCAUCCUUAAAGACUUUAUGGGCUGCGAUGGAGCCCCGGGCAUGGACCCAGAUACAGAUGACACAGUUACAGGCCGCAAGUGGCCAACAGUGGACCAGCCAAAACCACAACCACCAGUUGGCUCAGACCCGGAUGAGGUGGACAGAGAGACCAAUAAGGAUUACACCAACGAUGUGGAUUAUGAACCUGAUGCGAAGGACAAAGGGGUGGAUGUGGUGAUGAGGAUGGCUGAGAACAAGGCCAAGGUUAUGACCCUGAUCAUAGUGACCGUGCCCCUGGUCCUGGUGCUGUUCAUCCUACUAUUGAUCUAUGCUAUUAUCAACACCCUGCAGAAGAAAGAGGCGCCCAGACUUUUGGUCCACUGCAAACGAUCCCUGCAGGAGUGGGUUUGAUCUGCUCCAGAAAUGGAUUCACACACAUGCAAACACAUACACACACACCAUACAUAGGCACAUUCCGUUUUACCACAUAUAUAUACACACAAACAUUACAUAAAAAUACAAGCACACAGUUUCCCUAUCUUUCCUCCAUGGUGCUUUACCCGAUCUUGAUUUAAGCCUGUUUAUAACAGAUAAUAUACACUUUUAACGUCCCGUGUUUAGAUUUGUUUUGUUAGUUGCGGUUGUAGUUUUAAGCGUGUUCAGCUAAAGAUUUCCGUGAAUGUCCUUAUAAAACAGAGUGGUGGUGCGUGAAUGUCUAACAGUUGUGUGUGCUGUAAACACAAGACCACCAUCUCCCACUGUGUCUUUCCUCUAGUCUACUCCCUCGACCACAACAGCCCAGACUUUAUCCACAAAGGGGACAAUUUAGAUAGACUCCCUCGGGUGAGAUUAAAUGCAGGGGUUAUUAUUAUAUACAUCGUGCACAUAUUUAGGAAGGCUUAAAGCCUGCUAGAACAGUGCUGGGUCUGGGUUACAUUUCGCAGAUGUUGCUGAUUUAGUUGUUUUGGGUGCAGAGCCAGGGAGGGGUUAGGAGGCCUGCCAGCAUUUCCUUUGCCCGAGUUAGAGUUCUCUUCUCUUAGGGGUGAGGCAAGGA